CCGAAAUACCCUAGCCGUGACCGUGAUCGUCGACUCAACGGUCAAGACUCAGAUCAUGUCGAACGCUCUUAGACCGUAUCUUGCCGCCGUUAGGUCUACUUUGACAGCGGCUUUGACUCUGGAAAGCUUUUCAUCGCAGGUCGUCGAACGACACAACAAACCCGAAGUAGAAGCCUCGGGAUCGAAGGAGGUUCUUCUCAACCCUCUGAUCAUUUCAAGAAACGAAAAUGAGCGCGUCCUAAUCGAACCAUCAAUCAACUCCAUUCGUUUGAGUAUCAAGAUCAAGCAGGCAGAUGAAAUAGAGCGCAUACUAUGCCACAAGUUUACUCGCUUCAUGAUGCAGAGGGCAGAGAGUUUCAUUGUACUGCGGCGAAAGCCUGUACAGGGAUACGACAUCUCUUUCUUAAUCACCAACACCCAUUCCGAGACCAUGCUGAAGCACAAGAUCGUCGACUUCAUCAUUGAGUACAUCAGACAUUUGUUACCCCUCAUCAGCUGCUCAAUCCACCCCAGGUUUAUGAAAGAAGUGGACCGAGAAAUCAGUGAUAUGAAGCUCAGCUUAAAUGCAAGGGCUCGGAUUGUCGCAGAGUCGUAUCUUACCGCGAUUAGUACAUAAUUGUAUUUUC